AUGUUUAUGCGACUAGUCAUCUUAGAACUUGAUCGUUAUUCUCGCUUAAUUAAGUGUAUUGGCCUUUUACUCAUCGGUUUACGAUUUGCUGAUUGGCCCUAUGAACUUGCCUUUAUUUCCAUCCAAGAAAGAAUUAUGGCGCAAAAUCCAGGUGAUAACGCUACUUGUUGGGCUAUAUGGGGAUCGGGAGUCAUCAUUUUAAACUUUAUCGGUGACGCAUUAGCCAAUUUAUUCCUCAGCGGCAUGUUUGUUAGAAGAUUGUUUAUACACAUCAACAGUUCCAAGACAAUUGCUAGUCAGCAUAAUAGACUGAUUUCCAGCAUUGCCAGAAAGUCCCUCAUCUGCUUAACCUUGACAUUUUUCGUCAAUCUAGUCAUGAAUUUAUUUAAAGUUACAAUGUUUCUUGGCAAUCAAUCUGAUGCCUUCACUGUUUACUUUGAGCUCAUUGAAUCCACUUUGCUAGUUGAGGCUCUCCGUAAUGAUAGUUCAAUGAGAGCUGGCCCAAACACAUCUAUUUGUGAGAGCUGUCACAAGGAGUUGAGUCGUAAUGGUGGACACAAACGACCCAAUAACAGUGAAGAACACCAUAGUCAGAUGCUUGUUAGAUCAUUCAGUAAUCACCAGAACAAAAAGCAUAGCUUUAUUUCAGAAACAGAUGAAAACACUGCUUACGAUGAAAACGUAAUAGAAAACAUCACUCCUGUUCAACCUGCCAUGUUUCAUUCAAAGCAACACCGUCAUACUCACUAUCAACAUCAACAGAAACAGUCGGGCGAUCUUUCGGAACAAGAGACUCAUUCCUUUUCCACCUCGCUGGCCCCUAGGCCAAUUACAUCAUCAAGCAAAGAUAUGCUUAUGUCUCUCAAUGCUCCUUCUGCACCUCUUCCGCAGCCGCCUUUUUCAGGUGAAUCUUUUGCAAUGGUAAAUGUAGAAAAGGAUCAUCAUGCUUCACAUGCUUCGCCAACAGCGUCCAGAUCUGAGAGUGCUGCCAAUAGCCAUCAUUCUCAGCCAACAUCUUAUUAA